CCAUUGUUGAUAACGUUCACAUAUCAUUAUAACAGAGCAUUACUUUCAACUCGUUUCGUUGUACUUUUAAAACGGAUAAAGUAUAGAAAUGGUGUCUGCUUGGUACAUGGACGACAACGAAGAGGAUCAGCGAUCUGAACACAAAACAGAUCCUCCAAAAUACGUGGAUUUGAAGGAGUUGUUCAAACUCACUGGCGUCGAAUAUUGGAAGAUUCCUGCUGAAAAUCAUGAAGACAAUGAAGUUCUGAACAAAUUAAAGAAAGAUCGGGGAUAUUCUUAUGAAGAUGUCAUUAAUAUCACAGAACAAGGUCUUCCUAAUUACCAUGAAAAGUUGAAACACUUUUUCACGGAACAUCUCCAUUCUGAUGAUGAAAUACGGUAUAUACUGGACGGUAGUGGGUAUUUUGACGUGAGGGAUAUCAACAAUAAAUGGAUUCGUAUUGCAGUGUUCAAAGAUGAUAUGGUAACUCUACCGGCUGGUAUUUACCACAGAUUUACUCUUGAUGACAAGAAUUAUGUGAAAGCUAAAAGAUAUUUUGUGGGAGAGCCGGUAUGGACACCGAUCAACAGGCCUGCUGACGACCACCCUUCCAGGAUCAACUAUAACAAAACACACGGUGGUCACUAAACCAAGUGUCUGACACCAACCUUGUGCCUUGUUUCCAAAAAUGUGGAAUAAUUUUUUAUGUUAUUUUAAUGUUGUGAACGUCAAAUUCUUUCCUUGAAUGAUAAUUAGUCCCUUUUGUUAAAAUAUUAACAAAGUUGUAUUCAAUACUCAAUUUCAGUUAAUAAAAUAAAUUGGUUGUGC